UGAAUUCACCGUUAAAUUGUCGGUUGAUAAUUUUGACACUUUGGGAGUUCUUGUCGUAUUGUUUUUUAUCAUGUCAAAAGGAAAGGUUGUUUUAGCGUAUUCGGGUGGUUUAGAUACGUCUGUUAUUUUAAAGUGGCUUCAAGAAGAAGGAUACUCAGUGAUAUGCUUCAUAGCAGAUGUCGGUCAAGAAGAAGAUUUCAACGUUGCCAAGGAGCGAGCGUUAAGUUUAGGAGCUGAAAGGGUAUAUGUAGAAGAUCUGAAGCGUGUUUUUGUGACGGACUACAUAUUUCCUGCAAUCAAAGCGAAUGCUAUUUAUGAAAGUCGGUAUCUAUUGGGCACCUCGUUAGCUCGGCCGUGUAUUGCAAAGCGACAGGUGGAGAUUGCGGAGAAAGAAGGAGCCCUUUUUGUUGCUCAUGGUGCUACUGGAAAGGGAAAUGAUCAAGUUCGUUUUGAAUUAACCUAUUAUGCUUUGAAUCCGUCGAUCCAAGUCAUUGCUCCUUGGAGGGAUCCUCGCUUUUUUCAACGAUUUAGUGGUCGCACUGAUCUACUCAAUUAUGCUCGUCAGAAAGGCAUCACCAUGCCCUCUGGUGAGAAACCUCCGUAUUCGAUGGACGAGAACCUGAUGCAUAUCAGUUAUGAAAGCGGUGAUUUGGAGGAUCCUCGGACGCCUGGUAAAGAAUCGAUGUAUAAGAAGACGGGACGUUGGGUGGAUUGGGUAUCGGAACCGGAAACCGUCCGCAUUCAUUUUCGUGAUGGCACUCCGAUAGCUGUGGAGAACAGGGAAACAGGUGAAAAGGAGGAAGAUCCGUUGCAACUAUUUUUGUACCUGAAUCGAGUCGCAUGUCGUCAUGGUAUAGGACGUGUGGAUAUUGUUGAGAAUCGGUUUGUAGGUAUCAAAAGUAGAGGCAUUUAUGAAACCCCCGGGGCUACCAUCUUACGUUGUGCACAUUUGGAUAUUGAAGGGAUUGCAAUGGAUCGCGAAGUGUUACGGAUGCGGGAUAUGUUAUCUCCCAAGUUUUCAGAAAUAUUGUAUUACGGGUUUUGGUUUUCACCAGAAAUGGAUUUCCUGUUGGCUGCGAUGAACAAAGCCCAAGAGUUGGUGGAUGGUUGGGUGGAUGUAUUGUGUUACAAAGGCAAUUGUAUGGCGAUUGCCAGAGAGUCGCCGACAUCGUUGUACAGCGAUAAGUUGGCAAGUAUGGAGGAAGUAGAGAGUUACAAUCCGACGGAUGCUGGAGGUUUUAUCCGCAUCAAUGCGAUAAGACUACGUGCACAUCGAGAAAUUCUGAAGAAAGUGGAUCCAGAACGUUUAAAGAAGUACGAUAUCAAAGGAGUGACUUAUUAAUAGUGAGCGUCGACUGGAGAACAAUAAAAAAGGAAUGGAAAUUGGUUUUUUUUGGUUUGUCAUUUCCCCACCCACCCCCUUCCGAAAAUAAAAAAAGAAUAAGAGAG